AUGACCAUUGACUCAGCCGUCGCCAAACUUCUGUCCUUGGACCCAGAUGCAACCACCCUUUCCGGUGCUGGUGCAGGAUCAAGCUUCGCAUCAACAUCCAAAAUCACAACGAAACUCCGCAAUGGCACAGAAAAGCACUUCUUUAUGAAAACAGGCAAAGGCAAAGAAGCCUCGAUCAUGUUUGAAGGUAAUACUUCUUUCCACCGAUACUGUAGAGCACGCACUAAAGACCACUCAGGCGAACACGCAUCACUCAGUGCAAUACACAAUGCCGUUCCCAACCUAUGUCCCCAAUCCUACGGCCAUGGAGAACUUGCCGACUCGCCUUCAACCCACUUCCUAGUCACCGAUUUCGUAGACCUCUCAAGCAGAUUCUCAUCCAAGGCUUCUUCCUCAGCACCCUCGCUAGCAGCAAAGUUGGCAAAACUGCACACCACACCCGCACCCCCACCACCAGGGGAGUCAACCCCCAAAUUCGGGUUCCCAGUAACCACUUGUUGUGGAGAAACACCUCAAGACAAUUCGUUCAAAAGCAGUUGGGCGGAGUUUUAUGCUGAGAAUCGAUUAAUGUUUAUCUUGAAGCGGAGUGAGAAGACUGAUGGGGCUGAUGAGGAUUUGCGGGCUAUGGUUGAGACUACAUGCAAGAAAGUUGUGCCACGACUUAUUGGCGAUGAUCACUUGAACAACGGUAAAGGCGUUACUCCAGUGGUUGUUCACGGUGAUCUGUGGUCAGGCAAUGCGAGUCUGGGAAAGCUGCCUGGUAUGGAAGCUCCUGAAGAUGUCGUCUACGACUCUAGUGCUUGCUAUGCGCAUAGCGAGUUCGAGCUUGGUAUACAGAAAAUGUUCUCAGGGUUUGGUGGCAGCUUUUGGAAGGAGUAUCAUGAGCUGGUUCCGAAGACGGAGCCUGUGGAAGAGUAUACGGACAGAGUUGCUCUGUACGAGUUGUAUCAUCAUCUGAACCAUCACGCCAUGUUCGGUGGUGGAUAUAGGAGUGGUGCUGUUAGCAUCAUGAGUAAACUGAUUGGAAAGUAUGGCAAGGAUAAGUAA